CGAACUUACGGUUAUGAACAGCAAAGAUGCACUGUAUAACCCUUUUGCUAGCCGUUGCUACUACCACUGUCUUCGGCAAUGUCAUCGUCCCUCCCAGUACUUGGAAUUACCCAUACCCAUGGCCUGUUCAGUACCAAAACCUAACUUCGCAACGGCUGAACCUGUCAAUGGCUUACAUGGAUGUUUCACCAAACACUACUAGCUAUUAUACAAACAAGACUAUCGUUCUUCUGCACGGCAAAAACUUUUGUGGUGCAACCUGGGAGGAUACGGCCCGUCGCCUUUCUACAAAUGGUUACCGCGUCAUCAUCCCCGAUCAGAUCGGCUUCUGCAAGUCCUCAAAACCUCCAUCGUAUCAGUUCUCCCUACAACAAUUAGCAUAUAACACGUACUCGUUACUGCAGUCAUUGGGUAUCAGGCAAGCUCACGUGCUGGGCCACUCCAUGGGCGGCAUGCUAGCUACACGCUUCGCACUUAUGUAUCCAAAUGUCACAUCUCAUCUCAUCCUUACCAACCCCCUAGGACUAGAGGACUGGAAAGCGCUCGGUGUACCCUGGCGGCCCAUCGAUCUUCUUUACAAGGACGAACUUGCGACGAACUACACCUCCAUCCGGAAGUACCAGCAAGCUACAUAUUAUGUCAAUACCUGGAAGUCUGAGUAUGAUGUCUGGGUCAAUAUGUCCGUUUCGCUGUACCGACUUCCCGGCGAGAACACGACGUUUGCGUGGAAUAUGGCCUUGAUGACGGAUGCGAUCUUAACGCAGCCGAUAGUCUAUGAGCUUGAGCUUGUAAAGGCGAAGACAUUGCUACUAAUAGGCAUGAAAGACUCGACGGCGAUAGGAAAGGCGUGGAGCCCGCCAGCUGUGCAGGCGAAACUGGGGAAGUAUGAUGUCCUAGGCAAGGAAGCGGCGAAGAGGAUUCCAGAUGCGGAGCUCGCUGAGUUUGAUGACCUUGGUCAUAGCCCGCAGGUGCAGAAUAGUGAGAGGUAUCAUCAGGCGUUGUUUGAGUGGUUAGGAAGGUCAAGUUAAUAACAUAUGGAAGCUAAAUUCUAGAGAAGAAAAAGAAGAAGAUAUUCGGAUAUCUGCAAUGGGGCGUUCCACGACGGGAAGUCUCGUGAGGCGCCGAAGCACACCACACCACACGUUGAAUAGGGUCGUUUGAAGAACACCGUGAACACCUGGAUUAGGCAUGCACUAUCAGCUCAUUUUCACUAAAUUGGCCACGGAAAUCAUUUCGGCAGGCAGUAGUCUAGGUGAGCAUCAUUGGACGCAAUCUACAGCA